GCUCGAGCGAUUGAGAUCGACGCCUUGACACUCAGUCCGCUACGAUUUGUAGUCAUCUGAUGGAGGCUCGACAAGAGCAAGCGUUGCUCCGCCGGGCUGCAGACUCCGAGGUGCGCUUCCAGCAGGUCAUCGAGGCCAAGCAUCAAACCGUCAACGAGAAGCAAGCUCAGCUGCAGACACAGGUAGCAGCUGCAGAAGAGGCCUUGAGGCGGGAAAAGGAAGCAGCACUUGAAUUGCAAACUGAGGUGUCUCUGGAGCGAUGGGAGCUGCAGCAAAAUGCCAAGAACCUUUCGGCCCUUUGGCCAGAGGUGGAGGAAAUCAGUGCAGCAGUUCGCUCGACACAUGCAAAGGUUCUGCAGCAGAGGGAAGAGGCAGAAGAGCACUCACGAGACGAGAAGCAACGCUUGGAGAUUGCCAGCAGACUCUAUGAGUUCUAUGCAGUGGUCUCUGGCAUCCGCUGGGACAUGGAGACUGAAAAGAUGGAGGGGUACAUUGCAAUCGGGGAGAAAGCGCGUGCGUUCAAGGUAGAGACACCUCGGAGCGCCCAAUCAGCGGAUGCACUUUGGGCUUUGAUUGAGGCUUGCAGCGACUAUUGAGCCCAACUGAGACCAGAUGCAAAGUCAACACAGUGACCGUCAACAUGCCCUCAAGCCAAAGUACAACGUACGAACAACUAGCAUGCAAAGUAUUUGAAGAGACUAGCGGUUGAGAUUCGUUGAUUUUCGCAGGCUUUCUAAGUCUCUCUAAUUGGCAUUCGUUGCCCCUGUGCAGAUCUCUGACUUUUUAUGCUGUAAUUGCUAAAUUUGCAUGAUGAAGGAUAAUGACUAUGCAAAUCCGUCCGUGCGCUCCGUGAAAAGCCCAGCCUUGUAUG